CAACUCAUCUAAAAAAGAAACCUCCUGCUUUUCUGCUUCCCCGGGGUUCAUAUUCCAGCUAUUCCUUCUUUACACUGAGCUCUAUGAUGGCCGUCAGCGACCGGAAAAUACUAUCCACCGGAGAAAUCCUCCAAGUCGCCAAAGCGAGGUUCCUCCAGCUCUCAUCCCAGCACCGCAUCGACCUCUCCAAGCUCAAACACUUCUUCGACGCCUCCCACUUCAACCUCUCCGGCGACGAGAUCAAAGACGUCGAGCUCGUCCUCCUCCUCUUCGCCUCCGCCCACAAAUUCGCUUCCCAACAAAUCGACCAAUCCAUCAAAUUCCUCAGCUGGUGCCGAUUCCUAUCGUCCCCGUCCGGCUCUCCGGCCCAGCGACUCGUCCACUUCUUCACCAAAUCCCUGCAGGAGAGAAUCGACGGCGAAAUCGGAGCCACCAAGGAAGAAGAACAGGGACAAUCGGAUCAGAGCCAAACGACGCCGCCCUGUGCCAAUCCGGCUUUAAUCGCUUGCUCCUUGAAGCUCCCCUAUAUUCAGGUUACUCAAUUUGCUGGAAUCCAGACCGUGAUCGAGAGCGUAGCUUCGGCGAGGAAAGUACACUUCAUCGAUCUCGCGAUUCGGAGCGGCGGACAAUGUACGGUCCUGAUGCAGGCCCUGGCGAACCGACAGGGAGCUCCGAUCGAGCUCCUGACGGUGACGGCGGUGGCGACAGCGGGGGAAUCGUGGCAGCAGCGUAUCCAGGAGACAGGGAAGCGACUGGCGAGCUUCGCGGAGGCUCUGAACAUUCCUUUCCGUUUCAAUUGCUUGAUGGUUGACGGAAUUAGGGAUUUGAAGGAAGAUAUGUUCGAGAUCGGCCGCGGCGAUACAGCCGUCGCCGUCUUCGCCUGGAACAUUCUGAAAAACUUUCGAGCUCAGGCGGAAGGUUUGGAUUCUCUGUGCGGAGUCCUCCGAAAUCUGAAUCCCUGCGCCAUCGUGGUCGCGGAAUUCGAGGCGAACCACGACGCGACGGAAUUCUUCGAGCUAUUCGACGGCGCGAUCGCGCUGUACGGCGCGCUGUUCGAUUGUCUGGACGAUUGCUUCGAUCGAUCGGACGGCGACCGGGGGAUCGUGGAGUCGGCGGUCGGGAUCGAGAUUCGGGACGCGGUGGCGGUGGAGGGCGAUCAGGAGCGGGUUUACCGGCCGAUGAGGAUCGAGGAAUGGCGGGAUUAUUUCUCCAGAGUUGGGAUGAUGGAGCUGGAGAUCAGCUCGUCGUCUUUCUAUCAGGCGGCGCUGCUGGUCAGGAAUUUCGCGUCCGGGGAAUCGUGUACGGUGGAUAGGGACGGCAAGUGUUUGGUCACCGGCUGGAAAGGGACUCCUCUCCUGUCCGUAUCGGCCUGGAAGUUCUAUCGGCCGGUUAAGAGAAGGUUGAAUCCUAAAAGGUUCGCGUAAGAGAAUGAUGUGAGAUUUUAACUAAAAGAAUAGUGAAAGAAUUUACUCAUUCUGACUAGAGUGCUCCUCAAUCUCAAAGUUUAACAAGUAUUUUACCCGGUCCUUUCGCCAGAGAAUUCAUUUUUAUUAUUUAUAUUAAAUAAUUUAUCUAUAUGUAUAAUUUAUUUGGAUUUUAUAAAUAUUUUAUUUUCUCUUUUUCAUAAGUGAGUGGUAUGCCUAUAUUGAAAAUUCAUAAUACUUAAUAAUUAACACACUUACUUAUGAUGUUUUGAUUUCUAACCAUAAAGCAUAUCGUGAAGGUUUGUCACCUCCUAUUUAGGAUCAAUAAUAUAUUUAUAUUUUUCAAUCAAGACACUCAAAUUUAUUAUCUUAUACAACCUAUAUCAGCAUGUGAUUCUGGAGUUUGGACAAACUCUCAACCAAUUAAUGCGAGUUCUGAUUAUUAGAUAAAGAUACUCGAUUACCCGAUAAAUUAUGUUUAUCAUGAUGGAAAUUGCACGCAUCGUAUACCUUAUGAAGAUCAAAUGCUUCAAUCUUUACUCAUGUUCGUUGUGGAUGUUCAUUAAGUCUUAGUAUAGGAUCUUAUGAUAAAAUUUGUUUACCAAGAUACUAAAAUUUAGUAUCUUAUACUAUAUAUAUAUAUAUAUAUCAAUUGCUACUUUUGAAAAUUGGACUAACUCUCAAUCCAUGGUUGUUGUCUAAAUAUUGUUUUAGAAACUCAACCGAAGACACUCCCAUACACUAUUGAGGAUUCUCAUCUUAAACAUUGUCCUUCAGUGUAUAAUUUUUCAACUUUUUAAAUGUUCAUUUGCUAAAAAAAUUGUCCUGAGUGUUUGUUAUGGAGCAAAAAUUUUAUUACUUAUAUUAAUAAUUAAUAAAGUGUGUCUACAACGCACACAUAUUCAAGUGUAUUUUAAAAUGAUGUUUUGCUUGAACACUUAAUUUAUCAUAUUUUAAAAAGCUUUACAAAAUUUCCUUCUAACAUUGUAACAUUUCACAUGCAUUUGAAUUCUUGGAUGUAUUAUAGACACAUUUGAAUUAGCCGAAGAUGAUUCGAUGAAUUAGAAUAUUUGAUUUUCAUUUCAAGAUUAAAUAAAUAUUAUGUUUUAGGUUAGUGAAUUGGAGACUGGAGUUCACGCAUUAGGGGUUAGGGUAUAUAGUCUCAUGCCCCAAACUUCAUUUAAUAUAUUGUCUACAUAUCAAUACACAAAAAGGUUAUUAGUUAUGUGUGUUCAUUUAAAUUGCUCAUAGAAAUGUAACUUAUUAUUUAUUUUUAGAAAAAAGAGUAUAAACAUAAUUAUUAAGG